GAGUGACGCACACGGAAGUAACGUCGUUAAGAAGAAGAGGUCACUUUGCUUCUGUUUUGUAAUGUUUUGAUUCAGCAACACUGCUGAUAAUUAUGGAAGCAACCAAAGCAGAGGAGCCUUUCCUGAGGCAUGUGGAGACGGAUGUACUCAUCCCCAAGAUGAUGAGGGAGAAAGCCAAGGAGCUCUGUGCUGAAAAGGUUACAGCGUUCAACCACUGCUGUAAAGAGACUGGUUUCCUGAUGGUGUUCAAGUGUCGGGAUCAGAACGCUGCCCUGAAGGAGUGUCUGACCGUACACUACAGAGACUCGGCGUUCUUCGAGGAGUGCAAGCAGGAGUACAUCAAGGAGAAGCUGGAGUACCAGAGGACAGGGGUGGCGUCUAAGAACCGCUCACAAAAACUACCAACCAGCAUGUAGGUUCCAAAUUGACCUCUGACCCCUGAACAUGUUGCUUCCACCUGUCCAAUCCUCUCAGAUCUACAGGAUUGGUUCGGUAGCAGGGGCUAGGGGUCACGGAGGGUGGCAGGGGGAGUGAGGGCUACUCACGGGGCUUUACAGUGUGUGUAUUGUACAUCCGGUUGGGAUGCUCAUUGCCCCAACGGGAGGAACUAGAUCAACGAAGUGGCAGUAGACAGGAGGUCAUCCUAGGCCCUAAGUGACCUGUGUAACGACUACGAGGCAGGUUGGCAAGGUGUGUCUAAAGGCCUCCGUUCACCUGCAUGCAGGGAAAAUGAAUCUCUUACAGACACGUGUCCUCAACAGAGUCUCUCUGGUUGAUCUGAUCAAACAGCCAUGAUGGAUAAAUCACACUGUCCUCAACAGAGUCUCUCUGGUUGAUCUGAUCAAACAGCCAUGAUGGAUAAAUCACACUGUCCUCAACAGAGUCUCUCUGGUUGAUCUGAUCAAACAGCCAUGAUGUAAAAAUCACACUGUCCUCAACAGAGUCUCUCUGGUUGAUCUGAUCAAACAGCCAUGAUGUAAAAAUCACACUGUCCUCAACAGAGUCUCUCUGGUUGAUCUGAUCAAACAGCCAUGAUGGAAAAAUCACACUGUUCCUCCUAUUUCAGAAUGAUCAAUAAUGUUUUGUUGUUGAUGCUGUCUGUCUGCUCUGCCGUUUGUAUAUUUAUGAAGAAAUCUUUCUGUCAAAGCUUUGGAAGUGUUUUCAUGUUGAGUUUAUUAGCAACCAAUACUGUCCAAAGUGAGAUUGAUUCCAAUGAUAUUAAGACCUGUCCAAAGUACAUGAAUAAUAUUCAGGGUGUUGACAUCUAACAUCCUCCACUAUGAGGAAUGUUCCGGAAGGUUCGUAAUUAUACACACGAUUGAUACUGCAUAGAGGCUCUGUCCCGUAAUUAGGAUUCACCUGGUGAGUUGCCGUAACAACUGGUGUGAUGACCGGUGAAGCAUUAUGGGUAGAGUUGUUGUAAAAAUAAAAGAAAGUCUGAUUUUUUUUAAUAUAACAUUUGACUUGACAUUGUGUUAACGUACAUAUAAAUAAAAGACAAACAGAU